AUGUUGUCUACAUCAGAUUCUCUUAAAGUGAAUAGGGGAAAGACAUCUGUUCCUCCACCAUGCUGGGAUGAAAUAAAACGAGCGGUUUUGAUUGAUAGAAAAGGCAAAAUUAACCUAAAUGUGAUGAUUGCCCACUUUCUUCGCCAGGGGCGUCUUGGAAAACAUGAUGCUUUGAGCAUAAUUCAAAAUGCGUCGGGAAUUUUACGUGCAGAACCAAAUGUGUUAACUAUUGAUGAUGAUUCAAUUACUGUGGUAGGUGAUAUUCGUGGGCAACUAUAUGACCUAACGAAAAUACUUCGAAUAGGAGGGAUGUUUGACGAUAAAAAAAAAUACCUUUUUCUUGGAAACUACACCGAUCGCAGCUUUUGUGGCUGUGAAUGCAUAUUGGUUUUACUUGCAGCUAAACUUAAUUUCCCCAAAUCUGUCUUUUUGCUUCGUGGAAAUCACGAAUCGCGUUUAAUGACGGAUUUUUUUGAAUUUCAGGAGGAAUGCAUUUGUAAGUAUAAUGAACAAGUUUACCGCGCGAUCAUGGAAGCGUUUGACUGUUUGCCGUUAGCAGCAUUAGUAAAUAAGCGUUUUUUCUGCGUUCACGGCGGCCUUUCACCGGAUGUAAUCAAAUUAAAUCAUAUUGAACUUAUUCAUCGUUUUAGAGAGCCUCCUUCACGAGGUGCCAUGUGUGAUUUGCUUUGGUCGGAUCCACUUUGGGAUGUUGAAAAUCCAUCAUCGGUUAGUGGAGGAUCAAAAAGCGAUUAUUAUACCCCUAGUGCUGGUCCAUCCUAUGGAUCCAAACCCGUUUUUCUUGUUAAUGAGCAACGAGGGUGUAGUUAUUUGUUUAACUUUUCGAGUCUAAAACACUUUCUUAUGGCAAAUAGUCUUCUUUGCAUCAUUCGGAGCCAUGAGUUGCAGGAUGAAGGGUACAAACUCUAUCGAUUUAAUAGUAUUUCCAACUUCCCAUGUAUGAUGUCAGUGUUCUCAGCCCCUAAUUAUUGCGAUACAUUUGAUAACAAAGGAGCUGUGCUUCGUAUUGAAGGUAAAAAGGUGGAUGUGACGCAGUUUUUUUCUUCUCCCCAUCCCUAUAUUCUUCCAAACCAUCUAAACGGAUUUCAUUGGUCUUUUCCUUUUUUGAUGGAAUGUCUUCAUGAUGUAUUUGACUCACUCCUAAAUAAGGGAUGCAAAUGA